CUUCAUGCGAUUUGUUGAAUUAGUGCCUGUGAGCCACAAAGGAGCUGUUCCCCAAGUCCCUCCUGUCCAUUCUCUGAAAAUAUUGAAGGAUGGACUGGGUUGAACUCGAACUUUGUUCCCACAGAGCCCAUCUAUUCAUGGUGAAGUCAUUUACUGAGCAUAUUUCAAUAGAUAACUUUCCCCAAAGGCUUUAGCAUGAAGAUCUAUUCUCCGUAAUUUCCUGGGACAAGAGGAAGGAAAUCUGCCUGGGGAACCUGCAGGUGUACAACUUCCCGCUUCACCCCCUCCCGCACCACAGAGGUCUCAGGGGUGCUGGGUCUGAUGUCUGGUACCCACCGCUACUGAAAACAGCUCUGGGGGAGCUUUACAGGCCCCAGGAGAGAACUAGUUAAAGAUGCCCUGUCAUGGGCCUUAGGGCAGACUUUUUCAGGGGAGGUAAGAGGUGGUGUGUUGGGUUUGGGGUUACAACUGGGCAGUAUGUGCUUUCAUUGCUGUAGGAGCGUAUGGAUGUCUUUGGAAGGGCAGACACAUGAAGACAGAAUAAAACCCCUCACAGUGUGGUCUCCAUGUAGGAGCUCAUUGUUCCUGACUCUCCUGUGACCAAGGACAGGAGGGGUGGCCUUUUCCUAAUUUUCAGGUCCUCCUGACUGUGAGUGUGAGCUGAGCUGAUUAACAGGCUGUGCGAUCUCCUUUGAAGGCACAUUCUGUGACUCCUCAACAUACUGUCACCUGAGGAAACAAUCCAGACCCCCGAUCAGGACCAGGACCAAAUGGCUGCUUCUCAGGGACCGUUGACCUUCAGGGAUGUGGCCAUAGAUUUCUCUCAGGAGGAGUGGGAAUGCCUGGACCCAGGUCAGCGGAAGUUGUACAUGGAUGUGAUGUUGGAGAACUACAGCAACCUGGCUUCCCUGGCUCUUUCAUGUAAAGAUAACCAUGCCUUUAUGCCAAAGCCCGGAAUACAAGAUUUAUUCUCUGAAAUAAUACUGGGACCGCUGACCUUCAGGGAUGUGGCCAUAGAUUUCUCUCAGGAGGAGUGGGAAUGCCUGGACCCAGCUCAGCAGAAAUUGUACCUGGAUGUGAUGUUGGAGAACUACAGCAACCUGGUCUCCGUGGCUAUGUCAUCUGAAGAUGACCAGGCCUUUAUGCCAAAUACCGGAAUACAAGAUUUAUUCUCUGAAAUGAUAUUGAGUACACAUAAUGGAGACAGAAGUUAUCAAUGGAAUGAACAUUGGAAAAAUUUUAAGCGAGAGUCAUAUCUUAAUCAUUGGAGAAGCGAACUUGCAGAGGACCAUUAUGAAAGUGGAAGAGUCUGUGACCCAAGGUCCAAUCACAAAAUACAUGAGGUUAUUCCUAUUGUGGAGAAGACACACAAAGGAAGUCAAUUUGUCCUGUCUUUUUAUCAGUCAUCAAAUUACACUGAAGAAGAGAAUAUUCAUACUAGGAAAGAAGCUUACAAAUGGAAUCAUUGCGAUAUAAUCUCCAGUCAAAUAGUCAAUACAAAUAAAGUGGAAAAAAUUCGUAGUGGAAAAAAAACUUAUAAAUGUAAAGAUUCUAGUAAAACAUCUAAUUGGCCUUCAGGUUGUAUGGUACAUCAGAAAAUUCAUACUGGACUGAAGCCUUACCAAUGUAAAGCAUGUGGCAAGGCCUUUAGAUGUCAUUCAUCUCUUAUUGUACAUAAGGGAAGAAUUCAUGCUAAUGCAAAAUUUUACAAACUCAGGGAAAAUGGAAAAGCCGUUAGUCAGUCCUCAGGACAUACUCAACAUCAUAGAAAUCACAUGGGAGAAAAGUUUUAUAAAUGUUCAGAAUGUGACAAAACUUUUAGCUGGCCCUCAAGACUUAGUAUUCAUCAGAGAGUUCAUAGUGGAGAGAAGCCGUAUAAAUGUAGAGAAUGUGGCAAAGUCUUUAGACUGUUCUCACACCUUACUACGCAUCAGAGAGUUCAUAGUGAAGAGAAGCCUUAUAAUUGUGGAGAAUGUAGCAAAGCCUUUAGCCAUCCCUCUGCUCUUAAUAGACAUCAGAGAAUUCAUACAGGAGAGAAGCCUUAUAAAUGUAAAGAAUGUGGCAAAGCCUUCACUGCUUUAUCAACCCUUACUAACCAUCAGAGAGUUCACACAGGAGAGAAGCCGUAUAAAUGUAGAGAAUGUGGCAAAGCCUUUGGACAGUUCUCACACCUUACUACUCAUCAGAGAGUUCAUACUGGAGAGAAGCCUUAUAAUUGUGGAGAAUGUGGCAAAGCCUUUAGCGAUUCCUCCGCUCUUAAUAGACAUCAGAGAGUUCACACAGGAGAGAAGCCUUAUAAAUGUAAAGAAUGUGGCAAAGCCUUUAGACAGAUCUCACACCUUACUAUGCAUCAGAGAGUUCAUAGUGAAGAGAAGCCUUACAAAUGUAGAGAAUGUGGCAAAGCCUUUAGCGAUCCCUCUGCUCUUAAUAGACAUCAGAGAAUUCAUACAGGAGAGAAGCCUUAUAAAUGUAAAGAAUGUGGCAAAGCCUUCACUGAUUUAUCAACCCUUACUAACCAUCAGAGAGUUCACACAGGAGAGAAGCCGUAUAAAUGUAGAGAAUGUGGCAAAGCCUUUAGCGAUCCCUCUGCUCUUAAUAGACAUCAGAGAAUUCAUACAGGAGAGAAGCCUUAUAAAUGUAAAGAAUGUGGCAAAGCCUUCACUGAUUUAUCAACCCUUACUAACCAUCAGAGAGUUCACACAGGAGAGAAGCCGUAUAAAUGUAGAGAAUGUGGCAAAGCCUUCAGCGAAACUUCAUCCCGUUCUAAGCAUCACAGAGUUCAUACAGGAGAGAAGCCUUACAAAUGUAGUGACUGUGGCAAAGCCUUUAGACGGCGCUCACACCUUACUAGGCAUCAGAGAGUUCAUACUGGAGAGAAGCCUUAUAAAUGUAUAGAAUGUGGCAAAGCCUUUAGACAGAUCUCACACCUUACUACGCAUCAGAGAGUUCAUACUGGAGAGAAGCCUUAUAAUUGUGGAGAAUCUGGCAAAGCCUUUAAGCAAUUCUCCGCUCUUAAUAGACAUCAGAGAGUUCAUACUGGAGAGAAGCCUUAUAAAUGUAGAGAAUGUGGCAAAGCCUUUAGCGAGUCCGCAUCUCUUAAUCAACAUCAGAUAGUUCUUACUGGUGAUAAGUCUUUCAAAUGUAGAGAAUGUGACAAAGGAUUCAGUUUGGCUUUAUCCCUUAGUCACCAUCAGAGAAUUCAUACUGGAGAAAAGCCUUAUAAAUGUGAUGAAUGUGGCAAAGCCUUUACCCAUUACUCAUCCCUUAAUCGUCAUCACAGUAUUCAUACUGGAGAGAAGCCUUAUAAAUGUACAGAAUGUGGCAAAGCCUUUAGACGGUUCUCACACCUCACUACACAUCAGAGAAUUCAUACUGGCGAGAAGCCUUAUAAGUGUAAUGAAUGUGGCAAAGACGUUCAUGAUAUCUCAUACUUUGCUAAGCAUCAGAGAAUUCAUACUGGACAGAAGCCUUAUAAAUGUAAUGAAUGUGGCAAAGCUUUUACCUGUUACUCAUCCCGUAAGCGUCAUCAGAGAAUUCAUACUGGCAAGAAAACUUACAUAUGCAGAGACUGUGGAAAAUGCUUUGGCACCUCUUCUUCCCUUACUUCUCAUCAGAGAGUUCACACUGGAGAGAAGCCUCAUAAAUGUAAAGAAUGUGGCAAAUCCUUUGGAAGCUCCUCAGAACUUACUAAGCAUCAGAGAGUUCACAGUGGAGAGAAGCCUUAUACAUGUAGACAAUGUGGCAAAUCCUACUACCUCAUCAAAGUGACAUACCACCAGAGAGUUCAUACUGGAGAGAAGCCUUAUAAAUGUAACGAAUGUGGCAAAGCCUUUAGCCAGUCCUCAUCCCUUACUUCUCAUCAGGGAAUUCACACUGGAGAAAAGCCUUAUAAAUGUAGAGAAUGUGGCAAAGCCUUUAGCCAGUCCUCAUCCUUUAAUUUUCAUCAGAGAGUUCACCAAAGAGUGUAGCCUUAUAAAUGUUGAGAAUGUAACAGCAUUUUCUCAGAGUUCCUGCCUUAUUGUACAGCAGAGUUCAUACUUGAUAGAAGUCUUACAGAUGUGUGGAGUGUUGUAAGUCCUUGACCAGCUGUGAGAACUUACUGAACAUCACAGAAUGAUACUUGGACAAAGCCUUAUGAAUGUGAAAAACGUAGACCAAAACUUUAGAAGGCAUUCAUCUCUUAUUGUACCUGAGAGACUUUAUACUAAAGAAAGUCAUUACAAAUGUAUACUUUGGGCUGCAGCCUUUACCCACUGCUAAAAAUUUACUGAACAUCAGAGAUUUUACAAUGGUGGAAAGCCUUAUACUAUUGAAAAUGUGAGAAAGCCUGUGGUCUAACCUACUCAACAUUUUAGGAAUCAUUCUAAAGAAACACAGCAGUAAUUUAAGUUUUCAUUUAAGGAUCUAGGCUUCAAUGGUUGAAGCUACAUUGAGAAUGAUAAAACAAGGUCUUACAAAUUAUCAGGCAUAUCUCAAAGUGUAUAUCCUCAUUUAUAUCUCAUACAACAUAUCAUUAUUACUGGAUUGAAGUCCAGCAGAUAUAAAGAAUGUGACAAAGCUUACUCACUGUGCAAACCUUACCUGACAUGAGAAUUCAUACUGGGGAGAAACAAUACAAAUUUAAACAGUGUCCUAAAGUUUUUCAUCAGCAUCUGUAGCUUAUUCCUCACAUUGGUAUUUAUUCUAGGGGGAAACCUUAAAACUAAAGAAUGGGAAAUCAUAUAGUUGGACCUACAGCCCCAGUCUUAUCAGGGAUUGCAAUUGGGUGGAAAUUCUACAUUCAUGAUAUAGGAGGAAGGACUUUUGUUUAAAAUGUACAGUUUAUAAAACUCCAAGUAACUUAUGCCUUAACAGAUUUUAAAGAUAUAAAAACGUUAUCCAAGUAUGUAAUUGAUUAUGAAUUUUAAAGCAUCAAUGAAUUCACACUGGAUAGCUAGCCAAAAUGCCUUUCAGGAAUUGCUCUAAAUUAGUACACCCAGUGUAUUUUAAACUUUAAAUGUAGCUAGUAAAUAUUGGUAUACUUGAAUAUAUCAAAGGAAUUGAUGUUUCCAUAUGUACAGUUACUUAGAGUGUUAUUUAUAUUGAAAUCAUUUGAAGUAUUUUGAAAAGGAAAUAUUAUUGUGAUUCUGUUCCCAUAUCACUUGGUGCUGCUGUGUUUUAUUCCUGGUGUAUGUGUGAAAUUAUGGGGUUGAUUGUUUCUGCCUUAAAGAUCUGUGAGCUGUUGUAUACUAUAUGGACUUUACUUGUGUACUUUCCCAUGGAAUAUUGUGUACAUGGUAAGGGACACUAUUUUCUUCUAUUAGAGAAUAAUCCUAUUGAAUAAAUCUUUUAAAAUAGUUCUCGAGUUUUGUAAAUUAUGUCUUCAAAGUUACUUCCUUUUCUGUGCCACUGUGUUGAGCUGAAAACUUUUUGAGAGCAUGUCAAUUUGUGGUUGUGACAUUUAGGUGGCCAGACCUACCUUCAGGACAGUGCUGUCUGUGUAAUAGAUUUUCCAUAAUUAAGAGGUAUAUUGCAAUACCAGUGACGUUGUUGUACCCAGGAUGCAGAAUCAGCAUGAACUCUGAACGUGGAGAGAGGACAUCUUUCUCAGGCUGCAUUGCUAACUGAACUCAGAAAAAUUAAUUCUAUUUCUUUCAUUUCUCAUUCCCAGUUCCUCUGGUUUUUCACUUUGUCUUCUAAGCUGCCAUUCCUUUGGCAGUGGUGGAACUACAGCAUGUAAAGCUUCCUGUCCCUCAUCAGCCUUUCAAGCCUCUGUAUCUUCCACUCAGUAGUUUGGAAUUUACAAUGCAGUGACUGACAUCAGAAUGUGGCAAAUAUUUUGCUUUAUAUUCAUGAAGUAGGUAGCCCACGUUUGGGGUUCUCAUGCUGACACCUAUAGUUUUUAAUAUGAAUAUGAAGCUUUGGAAUACCACAAAUUGGCAUCUGUGUACUUUGUAAUUGGAAUGAUUUUUCUUGUCCUGAUUUUCAUUGGAAACCUUAAGAAUUUCUCAUUGUUAUCCCGUUAACUUUUUUU